AACACAAACCCCAAACAGAUCGAGAAACAAAAGCGAAAAAUUCCUUUCCACCCAGAAGAAGAUCAUGCAGACGAUUUUCAUCGCCCUGCAGUGCUACCAGUGCUCCACGAUGCAGGUGAAGCAAAAGAAGAAGAGCAGCAACAAAUGGACAUGCGUAGUUUGCAACCAGAAGCAGUCCGUAAGGAAAGUCUUUGCUCAAGGUUGCAUGGCUAAAGACCUCCGCAAGUUUGUCCAAUCAUUCAACAUGUCUCGCAAGAUCGCUGACGAACAAGACUCCUUCGAUCAAGAUGCAGCGCUAAUCCCAACAUCAGAAACUGAUCAUACUGGGUUAAAUGAAGAUUGCCAGAGAAAGAGGCGCUCUGAUUGGACCGAGUACCUUGAUGCAGAGGAAGAUUAUAAUAUUAAACAAGAGGACGAAGGAGAGGAACCUGGGCCAAUGGUCGUGACAGAGUUGCCCAAGGAGAUGUUUAAGAAACCCAGAUUGAAGAAUGAUUUUGGGCAGAAUAGUGGAGAUCAUGGCGAUGGAAAUCUGUACAAGCCGGUUUUUUCAAAGAGAAAUGCUAGCAAAAUUCCCAUGUCUCGAGACAAGGAAUCAAGGAAAUAUCGGUCUACAAAGGCUGCUGGCAAUUCAAAAUGGAGUGAUUGCAGGACACAGGUUGAGGAGGAGGAAAGGAUUUCCCAGCCGACAACGGGGAAAACCAGGGCUUCCAAAUGGAAAGAUUACAUAACGCAAGAUGAAGAUGGUUUUAACUCUGGGAGGGGGAGAAAUGUUGGAGCUCACCACCAGAACUGUGGUGAUUGGGAGAACAUAUUGGAUGACGAUCAGAAGGUAGAAGAUGAUGUCCACCCAGACUUCAUGUAAACAUCUUUCACUCUGUUCAAUACUCUUUCUAUAUAGGUCAGGGACCAAAAUUAACUGAAAUUUGGAAGCUUUGAGCUACUUGUCAUUGAUAUGGAGUGCAGUUGAUCUCGUUUGAGAUCAUGCUUUUACUUCU